AUGGGAAUGAAUGAAGCUUUUAUGAUUAAGAUUGAAUGGAGACUAGUCUUUAAUGGUAGCUUGAAUGAGGCCUUUGCUCGUGCGUUCCUCCCUGAGGAUAUGGUGCAACAACUCUUGCUACACCCAGUCCCGCAAGGCACCGAGCCGGAUGUGCCUAUUUGGAGGCUCUCCUCUUCGGGGCGGUUUACGAUGAAGACCUCUUAUGAAUUAACGAGAAGGGAUGACGAUCAUCAUGAGCACCCCAUUUGGAAGAUAGCAUGGCAGGUUGAAGGGAUCCAAAGAACACGAACGUUCUUUGAGUUAGCCAUGCAUCAGCGCCUCCUCACGAAUGUUGAAAGAUGCAGACGGCACCUCGCUUUAAUGGAUGCGUGUCGAAUCUGUGGAGGAGGUCCAGAAACGAUUCUUCAUAUUAUCAGAGACUGCCCAUACGCCAGGGCUGUCUGGUCAGAGUGA